AUGUCCGGGAAGGGUCCAGCACAGAAAUCUCAGGCCGCGAAGAAGACGGCUGGGAAGUCUUUAGGGCCUCGUUACAGGCGUCGUAAGAGAACCGAGUCAUUUGCAUUAUAUAUUUAUAAAGUUUUAAAGCAAGUACACCCUGAAACCGGCGUAUCAAAGAAGAGCAUGAGUAUAAUGAAUUCCUUUAUCAAUGAUAUCUUUGAUAGACUUGCAGAUGAAGCUGUUCGCCUUAUUCGCUAUAAUAAAAAAAGAACACUUUCUUCUCGCGAAAUUCAAACAGCUGUACGUCUGCUCUUACCUGGGGAGUUGAGCAAACACGCAGUUUCUGAAGGAACGAAGGCGGUUUCGAAGUAUACAACAUCGGGGGCGUAA